AUGGACAAAAGCAAGGCCACGCCAGUGCCACUGAAGUGGCGGCGUCAAGCCCUUCCUCCCGCCCCACCUGAGGACGGCAGGCCCGAGGAGCCCUGGCAGGAGGGGAACCGCUCCGAUGCCGACUCCGAGGAGAACGUCCAAUUCGUCACCAGCCGCACUCCCAGCUCGGAGUCCGAGGACUUCCUCCGAGCUCUGCCCGAGAGGCCGGAUGACGAGUAUGACGAUGCACCUGGACGCGCUCAAUUUGUUGCCACCCUCCGUGAGCUUUUGGAGGAGGAGCAGUCAGAAACAUCGCAAGGCGCGCCAAAAGCUGAGACGGCGCGCCUGCCCACCCCUCCUGCAGCUCCUGCAGAAGACCUCCAGGUGAACGAAGAGUUUGCGCUAGAGGAGGAAUUCCAAGAAGAAGAAAACAUCGAGCAUGACGUCAACGUGCAGUUGCAGCUCGACGACAGUUUGGCGAUGCCAGCCGUGGAAGACUCGCAGCAGCCCUUGCAGGAGCCGGCUGAAAAGAGGGGGCGCCUGGGUUCUGCGCUGCGGGCCCGGGCCAAGGCCUUUGCCAGGGGCCGCGCAUCCAAAACUGAUGGAAAGGGAAAGAAGAAGAACAAGUCCCAGGCGCAAAGCCCUCCAGCCAGUUUGCCGAGAGCCAACUCUCGCCUGUCCGAGAUGAGUUCCGCCAGCUUCGUUUUUGACGACGACGAGGAGGAGAUCUCGUCAGAGUCGCAGUUGAAGCGAUCCUUCCGAUGCUUCAGCUGUCGGUUCCAGUGCAGCCUCUCAUGCAUCAGCGUCCAGAUCUAUGUUCUGGCCUUGGCGUUUGCUGUCGCGGGAGCCAUCUACAUGGGCCUGGAGGGGCCUGAGGUACAGCUGGGCGCCUUUGACCUCUGGACGCAGGUGCAAAAGCCUGGCUCCCAAGACGCCCGCUACUUUGCCUCCGCGCGUCGAUCGGCGCUGGGGCUGCGUCACGUGCUCCCCCUCGGACCAGCAAAUGCGAGCGCGGCCCGACAAUGGCACAGCAUCGAGCUUUUUUGGGAGAUGGGCGCUUCGGAAGAGCAGAAGCUCCAGGACUUUCAGCCCGAAGUCAUCAGUGACGCCUACAUGUCCCGAGUCCAUGCGGCUGAGGCCCAGGUGCAAGCGCUGACCGGCUGGAGUUCCUUCUGCAACGCCACGCCGGCAGAGGUGCAGUUCCUGUGCCGGCCCGGGGACUCCCUGCCGGCCUUAGCCUUUGGGACCUGGGAGGCGCCCAACUUCAACGAGCAGAUUCUUGGGAUGAAGUGGAAGGUUUGGUUCAACGGCCAGGGUCGGGGCACGCAGAUCCCAGUAGAGACACUCCUCACCUUCACUCGGGAGGUGGAGCCGAGUCUGCUAGAGCGGUGGCUAUCACAAGGCGCCGCCGACAGUGCAGAUCAGGAAGAUGCGAGGCGGCUCUUGAGAUCAACGUUCCUAUUCUACUUCCCUUCGGAGGAGCUGCCAAGCUUUCUGCGGUUCGUGGACGAAGAGCUUCGUCCCUUCCUGGUUCAACUUCAGGACGCGUCCGAGGAAGCAUCCGGCGGUCUGAGAGGUUUCGUCCGGAUUGAUGGCAGGGAUCUGCGCGAUCUUCCUCGCUACUUCCGACACGAGGAGCUCAGCAUCUGCACUCCUCUCAUUACUCUUGUCGCCGUCCAGCUCACCACUCGCCGAGCUCUACUGUCCCUCGGAGCCGCCGCAGUCGUGGCGGCGGCCGUGGCAGCAGCCGCAGCGGCUGAGGGGCGCCAGGCGGCUGCCGGCAUACUUGCAUGGCCCUACCUGGCUGCGUCAGCCGUGGAAAUCGCAAUAGCUUGCAGCUCCAUCAUCUCGUACAACCGGGUUCUGAUGAUGAGGCUGAACGUCCUGGACCCCAAAGGGAUGAAGGCCGCAUUUCUUUGGCGCUCACCCUGGCGAGAGAAGUGUAUAGCCUGGCUGCAGAUGCCACUGCAGCUCUUUGCCCCCACGCUGACUGCGGUGGUCGUGCUCCAGGCCCUCAGCUCUCUCGCGAACGAUGUGCCCAUGGUGCAGGAGUUUGCGGGUCCAGCGCUCCUGGGGAUGUUCAUGAUUCUGGUCUUCGGCCCUUUCCUCUUUGUCCCGGCGAUCCUCCUGGGCGAUGCGGCGGCGGAACGCCGCCUUUUUGAGGCCUCCGGGCUCGCGCAGCUGUUGCCGAAGGAGAUAGCGUCCACGCCCGAAACGGCGGCCCAGCGCCGCGGCCGACGGCGCUACGCGCUCUUCGUGGCCACGCGAUACAGCUAUUGGCUUGCCUGUCCUACGCUGACAGUCUCUGCUUUGAUCCUUGUCGUGAUCGUCGCAGCGAACAGCCAGGUGCUGCUGGAGGCCGAGACGCCAUAUCUCUUCAACAGCGACCACAUCUUCCACCGAGCGCAAGAAGUCAAGGCGAAGGCAGGUGGCCUGCCUAGCCCGGACGUUAUAGCUGCCACCGUGCUGCGGAAUGCGUCGAGCUGCCAGAUUGGCGCGGAUGCUUCCCUGCAGUGUUCUUGGUAUUCUUGCACCGCUCAGACUUCCGUCGUAGACCUGGACGGCCUUUGCGAGUGCGACUACCGCCUAGAAGCUGCUGAGACUCAAUGCUAUGCCACGGCUCGCUUUGCCGGUCUCACCGAGCCUCUGGAAGGAUUCUGGGAGUGGGCCAAUGCUACUUUGGCCUCGAGGAAUACGAGCCUGAAGGGCGCGCGGCUGAACUUCGCCACAUGGUCCCUGGCAUCGCCGUUGGAGCUCGAGGAUUGGGACUCCGGGCGCAACUUCCUUCAGAAGCAGAUCGCUUCUCAACUGCCAGCCACGGCGCCGGAAGAUUGUUUCGAAGCCCAGUGCUACUGCGGCUCGGCUCGCUGCAACAGAACCAACCGCUGGCUUCGCCUAGGACGCCUGUCGGCACCGGGAAGCAACGCCAGCAGCGACCCAGAAGCUGGUGGCAGCAAUGCGACCGAGACGAUGGAAGUGGUCGUCGUGUGGGGCGACAAGGUGGGCCAAGCAUUAGACCUGGCAAGUCUGGAGGCCCAGAGGCAACUCUAUGCCUUCUGCGCGGCGACCAUGCCGGACCUCGAGAUCCUAUCUCGCAGCUGCUGGGCCCUGGACUUCAAGCUCUGGCUGGAAGCAAGGGGAGAGAAGUUUCCGGUGCAGACCCAAGACUUUUGGGCCAUUCUGGAGUCCUUUGCUGCCGACGAGGGCAUGGAGAAGUAUUUCUGGUACGAGACCGGUGUUGGCCUCGUGGGCACCUUCGCGAUUUUCUCUGUGCCUCUGGUUUCCGAAGAGGAGGCGGCCACUGUCCGCGGACGUUGGGAGUCCUACCUGAGCCUCAGGCCUGGCAUUCCAAGCCAGCCCUGGUUGGUCGCAGAGGCUCUGCAGGUGGGCUACAUCAGCGCCUCCCUUUCUGAGGAGGGCUCAACGAAGAUCGGCGUCGUGCAGUUCGACUCUGCCGAGUCCGCCUUCCAGGCCGCUCAUGCACGCAAGGGCUCCUCUUGGGAUCCGGCGACGGGUCCUGUGCUCCUUCGACCGGUGUCAAGUCGCGCAUCCGAGAUGACAAGGAGACGAAUGCAGCCACUGAACCUGUCGGAGAUCCGCAGCGGCAGCUCGCCGCGCCCCACGACGCCCCGAAGUUGGAGGGAUGUCCGCGCUGGGAGCUCACCGCGCACCACGACACCCCGAAGUUGGAGCACCGAGUCCACGAAUGUCACACCGAGGACAAGGCCCAACUCACCAGUCCGACAAAGCUUCGGGCUGAGCUUCCGGAGCUCCCUGCAUGUGCUUCCGACACCGGAGACUGCCAAGAAGGCUCUCCCCACACAGAGCCUCCGCCAAGCGAAAAUGGCCUUGAAACGUGCGGCAGAGAAGAAGUUUACGAAGUCUCUGGAGGAUGCCGUCGCCAACGCCAGAUCUGUGGGCCUUCCAGAGGAGGAUCCGGACCUGGAGCGGGCGAUUUCCUUGCUGAAUGACCGCUUGCAGCCCGUGGAUGCCCGUUGGGUCACAUCUCUGCACACCCGGGCUGCGGCCAAGCUGAAGCAUGCCUGGCCCAGUCGACGGGAGGAGAAGUCCCUGACACCUCGCCAACGUCGAGCCGCCCUCCAGGACGCGCUGUGUGCGGCCGCCGAAGCCCUGACCCUCACUCCACAAACAGGUAUCUCCAGCCUGCAGAAGAAGACCGAGAAGCAGUUGCGUAGUGUUUCCUCGAGAUGGAUCUCCCACGCCUGGGGCGAUCUCGACGCCGCCUUCGAAGCCAAGGACCUGGAGGCUCUUUGCCAAGCGGCUGAGGAGUGCAGCGCGGCUGAGAGCGCCUGUCAUGCUGCCGGAGCACAGAGCCUGCGCCCGGAGCCGGCGAUGUUGGACAAACUCCGAAGCUCUCUGCGGAUUUGCGACGGCUCGUCGAGCUUUAGCCUGGAGGCCAAGCGCCUCCAUGCUUUCGAGGAAGUGCGAGAGGCCCUGACGCGGCGACUGGGUGAAGGCAGCAAGGACGAGCAGCACUGGACGGAACCAUUCUUGGCGGAUGCGCUGCGAGAAGCUCUCCGCCAGGGCUGUCAGGCCGGCGACUCCCAGGACGAUUGCAUCGGCCGUGCUUUGGGCUUCCAAAGCCGACUCUCGGAGCGCCUCCCACAGAGAUGGGGACUCUGGUCGUCGCUGUUGCUCAGCCGCAAAGCCGUUCUGUGGGAGGCAAGCUCGAGCCUGGCGAGGGUGCAGAAAGCCCUGGCUUUCUCGAGGACCGCCCACGCACCUGACCUGGAGCUGCGGAAUGCUUCGCUGUUGGAGGAAAAGUUCGGACGCCACUUCGCCGCGGCGCGCGAUCUGGACGAGGCCCUGGAGACUGACCUGAACCUGGCGGAGGCCACAGCGGCUGCUCAGCACGUGGAAGGUGACGGCGGGUGGCUCUUGGUUGCAACGAAUCUCCGACGUGCCCGGCGGCGGCUUGGGGCGCAACCUCCGCCGGUGGAUCCGCAG